ACUAAAUUAUAGGUAUUUAACUAGCAAAUUAGAGCCAGCCGGUUUACCUUAGCGCAAACCACACAUGCCGCAAGCAGUAAUCAGCGGAAAAUUGGAAAUGUUUUUAUUAAGUUGUCUCUUUUACCUGUCGUCGCGCCAAAACCUUAAAUAAAAGCAAAAUCUAUCGCCAACUUUUACAGCGGGAAAAUCCUUCUGGCGCCAAAUUGAGUCUUCUCUAUCUCUUCUUCAUAAACGAGAGAGAAAAAAAAAAAGAAAGCUUUUGCUCAAAAACACCCAUUUCUCCUUUCUGAAAAUUUUGAUCUCUCUCUCUCUCUCUCUGUUUAUUCUAUAACAAAUAAACCAAUGGAGAUUAUUUCCAAAGAAGAUAAGAUCCAAUCAGCAACCGAUUCAAUCAGUAACAACAUUGAUAAUGGUAGUCCUGUCAAGCGUGCUAUUACCAGUACAGGCUUCCGUGUUUCUUUGGAAAUCAAACAGGAGGAAGAAUCUUCUGCCUUAAAACCGGUGAAAGAGGAACCUGACUUGGGGUUUGAGGAUGAAGCAGGUAUGGAUUUGGAUUCCGAUGAGUUUCUGCAGGGAAGGGCUAAUAGAGUUACCCCAAUUGAGGAAUGUAAGGAGAAGCCGCAAGAACUAGAGAUUUUUAAAGUAAAACAGGAGCCUAAAGAAGUAAAAGAGGACGUUGAUACAUUUAAGCAAGUACUUGGUGUUUCAGUAACCAACAGUGGGAAUACAGAUGAAUGCAAAGUAAAAGAAGUGAAGGAAGAAGCAACAGAAUUAGAGGAGACUAACAUAAGCAAAAGAGAAAAAGACGUGAAAUCAGAGACUAAUCAACCACCACAUCCACAUGUAUUUCCAAAAAAUAUUAGGGACAUGACAUUUCAAGAAUCUUGCUCAUACAGAGAAGGCAGACCCUAUAAGCCAGAUAGCGUUAAAGUCAAAGAAGAGCCUGAUUUAGUAGUGCUAGUAAAUGAGGAGGAGAAGUCCAGUCAAAGAAGUAUAUUUGACAAGCCUAAAUAUGUGAAGAAAGAAGUAGUAGCUGUUGAAGAUACAAGGACCAUAAAUGGUGUUAAAGUGGAAGAUGGUGAUUUUCCACAAGAGAAAGACUGGUACUUGGUUGGUUCAACUAUGCUCACCGCCUUGUCCACUACAAAAGGCAGAAAAUUAGUCGACAAUGAGAUUGUCCAUUUUGUAUUUCCCAAUACCAAUUUCAGAUUCAACUCCCAAUGGAUUGUUCGUUUUUCUACUAAACGUUCUGGAGAGAUUGGUCGGCUUCCAAUGGAAUGGGGAAAAUGUGUUGUUCCACUUGUUAAUUCUAAUAAGGUGAAAUUUCUUGGACGGUGUAUAGCUGCACCUCCUACUCUUCACAUUAUGCAAGAGAUAAUGUUGUACGUGAGCUUUUACAUUCACAGUUCAAUAUUCACUGAGCUUGAUAAGUCAACAUGGCGGCUGGAAGCUCAUUCAAAUGUGGAUUCUACAAUUUAUCCUCUCCUUACUUUGUUCAAAUUGCUGAAAAUUGGACCCUAUCAGAAGGCGGAAUUCACCCCUGAGGAGCUUGAUUCGCGAAAGCGUUCAUUGAAUCUUCAAGAUGAAGCUGGUGCAAUGUUACCAAUAGUAAAAAGGAGAAUGGGUUGCCAGCAGUAUCUAGAACAAAACAAAGACGAACAAGCUAUUUUGGAGUCAUCUCUCAACAAGCUUGUUGGUGCUGUAGAUACAUACAACUUGGAGGAGAUGGAGCCCCCACACACACUAAUGUGCAGUUUAAGGUCAUACCAGAAACAAGCUUUGUACUGGAUGUCUGAAUGUGAAAAAGGGAUCGAUGUUGAGAAAGCAGCAAAAACUCUGCGUCCGUGUUGGGCAGCCUAUCGUAUAUGUGAUGCAAGGGCUUCCUCAAUCUAUUUGAACAUCUUCUCUGGGGAGGCAACCACACAAUUUCCAACAGCAACACAGAUGGCCAGAGGAGGAAUUCUUGCUGAUGCAAUGGGCCUUGGGAAGACAGUGAUGACAAUUUCUCUGAUACUUGCAAGACCUGGCAAGGGAAGUAUUGAUAGCCAAGAAAGCACAAACACUAAGAAAGCAAAGGGUGGCACUCUUAUUGUGUGUCCCAUGGCUUUGCUAGGACAAUGGAAGGAUGAACUUGAAACCCAUUCAGAGCUGGGAAGUAUCUCCAUAUUUGUUCACUAUGGUGGUUUCAGAACAACUGAUCCCAGGGUUAUCUCUGGACAUGAUGUGGUCUUGACAACAUAUGGUGUCCUGACGGCAGCUUAUAAAUCUGAUUUGGAGCACAGCAUUUUUCAUAGGGUAGAGUGGUAUAGGUUGGUGUUAGAUGAAGCUCAUACCAUCAAAUCCUGGAAAACAAUGGGUGCUCAAGCUGCUUUCAAAUUAUCCUCACACUGCCGCUGGUGUCUCACAGGGACACCCCUUCAGAAUAACUUGGAAGACCUCUACAGCCUUCUAUGCUUCUUGCAUGUUGAACCUUGGUGCAACUGGGCCUGGUGGAGCAAAUUGAUUCAGAGGCCUUAUGAGAAUGGUGAUCCAAGAGGGAUGAAAUUGAUCAAGGCUAUUUUGAGGCCAUUAAUGUUGAGGAGAACCAAGGAAACCAAGGAUAAAGAAGGAAGGCCCAUACUUGUGCUUCCACCAAUGGAUAUACAAAUCAUUGAGUGUGAACAUUCAGAAGCUGAACAUGAUUUCUACGAUGCCCUUUUCAGAAGGUCGAAGGUUAAGUUUGAUCAGUUUGUGGCGCAAGGGAAGGUUCUUCACAAUUAUGCAUCUAUCCUUGAGCUAUUGCUUCGGUUGAGGCAGUGUUGCAAUCACCCCUUUCUUGUCUUGAGUUAUAUAAUAUGCAGUCGAGCUGAUUCAAAACAGUAUACGGACUUGAACAAACUUGCAAGAAGGUUCCUGGAAACAAAUGCUGAUUCUGCUGCUCGAGAACAGACAGUCCCCACCCGAGCAUACAUUGAAGAGGUUGUUGAGGACAUCCGGAAGGGAGAAAACAAUGAGUGCCCCAUUUGCAUGGAGUAUGCAGAUGACCCUGUGCUCACACCAUGUGCACAUAGGAUGUGCAGGGAAUGUCUCCUUUCAAGCUGGCGAACACCUACUACUGGGCUAUGCCCAAUCUGCCGAACUUUGUUGAAGAAAGCUGACCUCCUUACAUGUCCAACAGAGAACAAAUUCAGAGUUAAUGUUGAGGAGAAUUGGAAGGAGUCUUCAAAGGUUUCAAAACUCCUGGAAUGCUUGGAAAGAAUCCGCAGGUCAGAUUGUGGCGAAAAGAGCAUUAUUUUCAGCCAGUGGACGUCAUUUUUGGACCUCUUAGAGAUUCCAUUGAGAAGGAGAGCAAUUGGGUUCUUAAGGUUUGAUGGAAAACUAGUGCAAAAGCAAAGGGAGAGGACCUUGAAGGAGUUCAAUGAAACCAAAGAAAAAAUGGUAUUGUUGAUGUCCCUGAAAGCUGGUGGCGUUGGCCUGAAUCUAACUGCAGCCUCCAAUGUCUUCCUAAUGGAUCCAUGGUGGAAUCCUGCAGUGGAGGAACAAGCAAUAAUGAGAAUCCAUCGAAUAGGACAGAAGCGAACAGUUACUGUUAGAAGAUUCAUUGUUAAGGACACGCUGGAGGAACGAAUGCAGCAAGUUCAGGCAAGGAAGCAACGGAUGAUAGCCGGUGCACUCACGGAUGAAGAAGUCCGGUCAGCCAGGAUUGAAGAACUCAAAAUGCUAUUUAGAUAAAUCUAAUAACUUUUUUUUUUAUUUUUUUAUUGAAUCUCUUUUGGGUUAGGAAAAAUUGUGAUAUUAGAGGGGGGAAAGAGAAGAUGCAAGUUUUUUAAGGGGUUCCCUAUGUAUAGUGAUGUGAAGUAAAUUCAGGUCGUUUGGCUAACAAUAGUGAUAUCACAUAGUGCAAAAUUGACAAGGAACAGCCAAAAUGUGGAGGAAAAUGACAAAGAUGUAUUUAUCAGAAGAAUGGCCACCAGAAAAGUCCAGUAGGGAAGGGAACAAAUAUAAGCCAAGCAAAUAAAGGGUAGGAAUCAACCACGUAGGAAAGAUUCAAGCCAUUGGAUCAAAUAGGGACAUAGAAGAGCAUAUAAAAAAGAAAAGGAGUGAAUGAUAAAAAGAUCUGGUCAUAAAUAAAUAAAUAAAUAAAAAUAUUAAACGUUGAUGUGAAGGAAUUGAUAUUCAAAGGUCAAAAACAGGAGGAAGAGUGUGAGUUAAAAGGCUAAAGCAAAAGGGGAGUCCCCGCGGCUUUUACAAGUUAGUUGAAGUCGGUUUGAUAAUAAAAGUGACUGAUGAAUUCAUUUUUUGAAGCGUUGGAAAGCCAAUUCAGACUCUGACAUGACACCUUAUUUCUAAUUAAGUUUCCUUUUUCUCAGCUCCAUCUUUUGCUUUCCUCGCCUUCCCUUUCUUUUUCUUCUGAAUUAGGAACAACACCCAUUUGCACAAUCUUCCAUUAAGAUUUUCAACUUUCCUCCGAUACAAUUUUCUGUAAUCUGUUUUGCCAGGCUUCAUUUAAAGAAAAUGUAAACAAUUUUAGGUGGAUGAAACAGUAGGUGUAAAAGGGUGAAAGUAAGCUAAGGUACAGCUAAAUCCAAGCAUCUUAGCCAAACCGCAAUAACACACUACACGCUUAAAUACUAACAACAACAACCCAGUCCCAAUCAUUUAAUUUAAUAAUAAAGGCGUUACAAAAGAAAAGCAAAGCUGAGCCGAGCCGAGCCGAGUGACAAAUUGACAACUGGUCACACGCGCCACACACACAUAACGUGCACACCACAAGCCUCUUUAUAUAUAUGUCUCUCCUCAACCAUCUCUCUCUUAAACAUAAACCUAUCUCAUUUCUCUCUCCCAUCAAACUUACAACUGAAAGACCUUCACUUCUAUACUACUUUUUUAUCUACUGUUUUUUCUUUUCAAUUAUUUUAAAACAGAACAUCAAUCUCUUAUCCAUGGCUACUGCCUCUUCUUCGUCAUCAUCAUCAUCUACGAGGAGUGAGCCCAGCCGUCUCCAGCGGAAGAAACCGGCGUCGCUACAGAUAAAUCGGCCUUGCUGGAACGUCGCGAUUCCUCUUCUCUCUCCUCUGAUUACUUCACCUACUGCGAUUGAUAAUCAUCAUCUUCGGACGGCUGAAAUCAAAUCUAGAGAGGAACAGCACCGAGUAGUAGAGUCCGAGAAGAAAGCUUCAGCUUCAGCAGUUGUGUUCAAAAAAUGGCAGCAUCCGGCGGCUCCUCUUUGUUACGAGCCUGCCCCUUUUGCCCCCUCUUUCUUCGUGCCUGUUUAGAUUAGUUGGGGCUAAUUUUGGGUUUUUCUUUUCUUUUUCUUAUAGGUUUUGCUAACCUUUUUGUA